AUGCUGGAUAAGUCUAUAAGAGACAUAGAGAGGGAGAGGCAAGGCCUUCAAUCACAAGAGAAGAAACUCAUUGCCGAGAUUAAGAAAACCGCAAAGCAAGGCCAAAUGGGAGCUGUGAAAGUAAUGGCGAAGGAUCUGAUUAGAACACGGCACCAGAUUGAGAAGUUUUACAAGCUUAAAUCCCAACUCCAAGGUGUAUCUCUCAGGAUCCAGACUCUGAAAUCAACGCAAGCAAUGGGAGAGGCGAUGAAAGGUGUGACGAAAGCAAUGGGGCAAAUGAACAGGCAGAUGAACCUGCCGUCUUUGCAGAAAAUCAUGCAAGAGUUUGAGAGGCAGAACGAGAAGAUGGAGAUGGUCUCUGAGGUGAUGGGAGAUGCUAUUGAUGAUGCUUUGGAAGGAGAUGAGGAAGAGGAAGAGACUGAAGAUCUUGUUAGCCAAGUCCUUGACGAGAUUGGUAUCGACAUCAACCAAGAGCUGGUGAAUGCUCCAUCUGGUGCGGUGGCAGCACCAGCGGCGAAGAACAAGGUGGUGCAAGCUGAGGCGGCCGGAGCUGAGGACGGUGGAGGAAUAGACAGUGACCUUCAGGCGAGGUUGGACAACCUACGGAAAAUGUGA